AUGGAUCUGGUCCUGUCUCGGCAGCGGGAGCUGGCCAGCUCCUCCAGGGAGGGCAAUGACAUCUGCCACACACCCCCUUCCUCUCGUAGCUCCUCCCCUCAGAAAGUUUGCCUCUUCCCCAGACGCAAACGGAAUGUUCUGAAGCCCUUAUUAGGCAGCGGCGAGUCUGGAGGGGGCGGGAACUUGAGGCGGAGGAGGCGUGUGCUGUCCAAAGAUGGCCGAAGCAACGUGCGCAUCGAGCACAUCAGCGGCAGGAGCGCGCUCUACAUGCGCGACCUCUGGACCACCUUCCUGGACAUGCAGUGGCGUUACAAGUUCUUCCUGUUCACGGCCACUUUCGCCGGGGACCUGGUUCCUCUUUCGGUCUGCUCUGGGUAUCUGGUGGCCCUGGUCCACGGCGACCUGUUGGAGUUCGACCCCCCGUCCAACCACACGCCGUGCGUGAUGCAGAUGCAGACCCUCACCGGGGCCUUCCUCUUCUCCCUGGAGACGCAGACCACCAUCGGCUACGGCUUCCGCUGCAUCACCGAGGAGUGCCCCGCGGCCAUCCUGCUCCUCAUCGUCCAGCUGGUCGUCACCAUGGUGAUGGAGAUCUUCAUCACCGGCACCUUCCUGGCCAAGGUGGCGCGGCCGAAGAAGCGCGGCGAAACUGUGAAGUUUUCCCAGCAUGCCGUGGUGUCCACCAACGAGGGUCGCCCCUGCCUCAUGAUCAGGGUAGCCAACAUGCGCAAGAGUCUCCUGUUAGGAUGCCAGGUGACGGGUAAGCUGCUCCAGUCGUCGCUCACCAAGGAGGGGGAGACGGUGCGUCUGGACCAGAGGAACGUGCCGUUCCAGGUGGACACCUCCAGCGACAGCCCCUUCCUCAUCCUGCCGCUCACCUUCUACCACACCAUCGAUGACAGCAGCCCUCUGAGGGCCUGGGCGGCCAAGGGCGGCGGAUGGACCGACCCUGACCUGGCCGACUUCGAGCUGCUGGUCAUCCUGAGCGCCACGGUGGAGCCCACCUCGGCCACCUGCCAGGUGCGCACCUCCUACCUGCCCGACGAGAUCCUGUGGGGCUACGAGUUCCCGCCCGUCGUCUCCCUCUCCCCGUCGGGGAAGUACGUGGCCGACUUCGCCUUCUUCGACAAGGUGGCCAAAACCAAGACCACGCCCUUUUUCCAUUCGCCCUCCACGGACCCCAACCCGUCACCUCCUCCUCCACAACCCCCCUCCCAGCCGGGCUACCAGAGCGGCAGGGGGGGGUCCGCACCGGAGGGGACCGACCCGGACAAGAUCCGCCUGGAGCAGAGCUACCGGCAGGGGGCUCAGGAUCAGGGGAGGGUCCGGGACAGCGGCCCCCUCAGCGUGCGCAUCAGUAACGUCUGAUGGGCGAGGGGGGUUAGGGAGCUGCUGGUGGGCGUACC